AUGAAGGAGAAAGCUAGAAAGAGACAGGCACUUUGUCGUAUCAAGAAAAGGAACGAACAAAGUCUUAUUCCUACAACAUCCAACCAUCUUGAAGAUACUGGAAAUAAACAAUUUGCUUCAACAUCCAAUCAUCUUGAAGAUACUGAAAAUCAAGAAGAAAUUUCACGGAUCAUAUUGCCGAAAUGUGCCAUUCAACAGAAUCUUAAUCUACCCAAAUCAAUCAAAACAAACAAAAUUCUACGAAUCAUAUUACCGAAAUGUACCAUUCAACAGAAUCUUAAUCUACCCAAAUCAAUAGAAAACGAAACACUACCAAAAUCUACUAUUCACCAAAAUCUUAAUCUACCCAAAUCAAUAAAAACAAACCAAAUAAAUAUUUCUGCACAACAAUCAUUAGUACAAGAACAUUAUUGUGGAUUACUCAACACUAAGUGCGAUUAUUGCGAUUCUCUAAAUUUUUUAUUGGAAAAACCCACAGAUGGCAAAUUUAAGAAUUGCUGUCAUAAGGGUAAAGUUAAGAUACCAUCAAUCCGAUAUAUUCCUUUUUUACAAGACCUUUUAUCUAAUCCUAACAAUGAAUUUCAUUCAAACUUUAUGAAAUAUAUAAGAUCUUAUAAUAGUUCACUUGCGUUCGCAUCCAUGGGAGCACAGAUUUCUAAUAGUUUAAACCCAGGCCCAUAUUGUUUUAGAGUUCAUGGGCAAAUUUAUCACCGAACAUCUCAUUUAUAUCCUUCCACUGGGAUGCCUCCUAAAUUUGCACAACUAUAUGUCCUUGAGACCACCCAAGCUGUUAAUGGCAGUUUACACAUGAAAGAAAAUUCUGGUUGCAAUGAGGAUCUCUUAAAAAGAUUAGAUAUUUUAAUAAGACAGAAUAACCCAUUUUCUAUUAGUUUUAAAACCUUGGGAGAAAUUGAGAAAGAAGAAAAAAAUAGGGCUAUUCAAGAAAAUCGUCCAGUUCAAAAAAUCAAUAUGAUUUUUCGUGCAGAUCGCUCAAGUGACAAGCGAAGAUAUAACAUUCCUAAUAUAGAUGAAGUAGCUAUAAUUUUUACAAAUGAUGAUGGUGAACCCCCAUUUAUCAAGGUCUAUCCUCGAGUUGAUGGUAGUGAUCUGAUAAAUAUAAAUAUAUUAAGCCCUAAUCUUGAUCCAAUGGUAUAUCCUCUAUUAUUUCCUUUUGGUGACCCUGGUUGGAAACCAGAUUUAAAGGGUGAAGAUACAGGGCGUACAAGGGCAAAUAUCUCACUACUACAGUUUAAAAUAUUUAGAUUAGCAAUUCGUGAAAAUGAAUUCAACCCAAUCCUUUUUGCUGGGAAAUUAUCACAACAAUAUAUUGUUGAUUCCUAUUUACAGGUCGAGGCGAAUAAUUUAAAUUUUAUUAGACAAAAUCAGCCAAAAUUACGAGUAGAUGAAUAUUCUGGAUUAAUGGACUACUUGGAAACAAAGUCAAACAAUAUAAUUCCCGGCAAAGCAGUAAUAUUACCAUCAUCUUUUCCUCAAAGAAAUAUGCGAGAACGCUAUCACGAUGCAAUGGCCAUUGUGCUCAAAUUUGGCAAACCUGAUUUGUUUAUUACUUUUACAUGCAAUCCUAAUUGGCGUGAAAUUAAGGAAAAUCUAUUUUCCGGGCAAAGUCCUACAGAUAGACCAGAUUUAAUAGCCCGUGUUUUUAAAUUGAAAUUAAAUGAAUUAUUCAAAAUUGAAACAUCUCAAGCUAUAGAUAAAUUUGUUUGUGCCGAAAUGCCAGAUAAAAUUCUCGAUCCUAAACUUUUUCAGAUUGUUACCCAUUUUAUGAUACAUGUUCCUUGCGGGAUAUUUAACCCCAAAUCGCCUUGCAUGGAAAAUGGCAUAUGUACCAAAAAAUUUCCGAAGGAUUUUCAAAUGGAAACAAGACCAAAUAUUGAUGGGUAUCCAUAUUAUAAAAGGCGAGAUAAUGGUAUUACAAUUCUUUCUGGUAAACUUACGGAUAAUCGUUAUGGCUAUGACUGUACUAAUGUUGACAUUAAUGUUGCUUCAAAUAUAAAUAUUCAUGACGAAAUUAAAUCACAUUUAAAUGCGCGAUAUGUGAGUGCAUGUGAAUCAAUGUGGAGAUUAUUAGAAAAUAAUAUGCAUGACCGCUCGCACGCUGUUAUUCGCUUAGGAAUUCAUUUACCUUUACAACAGCCAGUAUAUUUCACUGCUGGACAUGAAAGAGAUGCUUUAUUGAGAUCAGAAAAUAAUCAUACUACUUUAACGGCAUGGUUUGAGUUAAAUAAGACAGAUCUAAAUGCUAGACAAUAUCUUUAUGGGGAAAUACCUUAUCAUUAUGUGUUUACAAAUUACCAUUGGAAACUAAGAAAAAAACGAUUAAAUGUAAUUUCGAGAAUGUAUUCCGUUCAUCCUAAUUCUGGUGAACGAUUCUUCCUUCGAUUAUUAUUACUUCAUGUUUGCGGGGCUACAAGUUUUGAUUAUUUAAAAACUAUUAAUGGAAUUUUAAUGAGUACUUUUAAAGAGGCAGCUAUUAAAAGAAAUUUGUUAUCAGAUGAUAAAGAGUGGGAAUCAUGCUUAGAAGAGGGAUCAAUAUAUCAAAUGCCGUCACAACUUCGGAGUACUUUUGCCUUUAUCUGCAUUUUUUGUCAGCCUGAAAAUCCUGCAUAUCUAUGGAAUAGGUUCAGAUUUAUGAUGAUUGAAGAUUAUUUGCGUCAAUAUUCAGAAGUAAUUGCAAUAAACAUGGCUUUAAUGGACAUUGAAAACGUUUUUCUUGAUCAUGGUUUAUGCUGUCAAAGUUUUGAUCUUCCUUCACCUACAAAAAUCCCCCCAAAACAACAUUAUGAUGCCCAUGUUGAAGCUGCCGAUUCAAUCGAGCGUAUAUCUAAAUUAAACCGAUUACAAAAAUAUGCUUUUGAUUUAAUUAUACAAGCGAUUGAAUUAGAAAAUAUUCCAGAAAUAUAUUUCUUUGUGGAUGGCCCUGGAGGUUCAGGUAAAACGUAUCUUUACAAUACCUUAAUGUGUUAUAUAAGAGCAAAAAAUCAAAUUGUAUUGCCUUUUGCAACCACCGGCAUAUCCUCUAUUCUUUUAAAUGGGGGAAGAACCAUCCAUUGCGGAUUUAAAUUACCUGUGCCUAUCUUUGAAACUUCUACAUCCCAUAUGAAUUUACAUAGUUCGCUAACUCUAGAUAUUAAAAAUAGCAAAUUGAUUAUUAUUGAUGAGGCCACAAUGAUGACUAAACACGCUUUGCGAUGCAUUGACUGA